AUGAAGGGUGAUCAAUGUGCAAGUGUGGAACAUUUAGCUGGGCUCAUCCUCAAGGCAGCUGCAUGUGGAAGUAGAAGGCAGACCAAAAAAGCUAUACAGAGAGGGAUAAAGGUUGAUGCGAAAAAUGAAGAUGGCCAGACUCCUCUCUUUCUUGCUUGUUUAGAGGGCCAUGAAUCAGUUAUCGACCUACUAUUACGGCAUGAUGCUGACCCAAAUUUGCGGAGUCUGAAUGGUUCUACUCCAGUACAUGCAGCUGCAUUUGCUGGACAUGUGAGAACACUUGAGAAACUGAUUGAGGCAGGGGGUGACCUGAGGUUUCAUGACAAUGAAGACAGGUUGCCAAGAGACUGGGCAUUGCUGCAGGAUGAUCCAAAAAAGAAGAGGCGGAUGAUUGACUUUAUUGAAAAGUCACGUCUUUUUGCUAUGAGCAGCAAAGGUUCUCCGGAAUUCUUGCAUCCUCAGAAGGAUAAAUCGCUUGUUGGCACUAUCAGGAAUCUAAGCCUUAGGAAACUGAAUCCUAGUGCUCUCUUGGCGAUGUUUCGACAGAAGGGCUCACAUGAGUUACAUAAUGUUAAAAGUGCUGGCUUUGGAAAGAUUUAUUUCGAAGGAAAAAAUCACAAAACUGGAACUAUGGCUGCUGUUCCUCUGAUAGAUGAGUUGGAUGUUACCCACAAUAACCAUGGGGUCACCUAUAAUAACGGAUCAUUUAUGGUGAUGGAGAGUAUGCUUUGGGGCAAGACACCUGUGACAGCCAAGCGACUGCAUCGACAUUGUCCACAGGGUGGUGUUGUUGAUCUGCUGAUUGAAGAACACGACCAUAUUGUGAAACUCAGACAUUCCAGCAUUCUUCUCCUGAUGGCAAUCUGUCAAACAGAAAACCUUGAAGGGAUGGUGCUCAUCUACGAACCAGUGGCUGUCGGUUCUCUUUACUACUAUCUCCACGAAAGGUUUGAAUCAGUAUCUCCAUCUGAUGUACGGAAUGUAGCAAGACAUAUUGCAAGUGCCCUACUCUUCCUUCAUCGGCAGAAUAUCAUCCAUUGUUGGGUCACAUCACAUGCUGUUCAACUUGUCACUCCUUAUACAGCAAAGCUUGGCAACUUGGAGUAUGCUAUUAAACAGGAUUCCAGAGGAGAGAAGAUGAGCUUGGUAGCCCAGAACACCUAUGCCAAUGCUGCCUACAACUGGAUGGCUCCUGAGGUCAUGGAUGGGACACCGCCAUCAUUUGCUUCAGACUUAUAUAGUUUCUGCGUUGUGAUCUGGGAAAUGCUAAUGGGUGAGGUCCCUUGGAGUGGUAAAACUGCAGAUGUCAUCGUCGUUGAUAUUCUUGAACAAGGCAGCCAGCUUCCAGUUGAAGAAGCUAAUAUACCCAUGCCAUACAAUGUAGUCCUUGAAUGGGGUCUUUCACUGAAGCCAGCGAAGAGGAAAAUAUCUAUGGAACAACUCGUUGAAAUACUUGAGACUUGUAGCAUGUGUAUGUGA